AUGGAGUUUUUCAGGAAUUUCCUAUGUGCUAUUGGCGUGCUGGAAUCUACUAAGAUAGAUUUUAUUUUUGAACUUCCCUUAGAAGUAUCGCAAUUAAUUCUUCGCCAUUUAGAUCCAGAAUCUCUGUUAUGUGCUGCACAAGUAUCGCGAAGAUGGUUGCGAAUUUGUAAAUCUGACAAAAUUUUGCAACAGACCGCGAGACACCAUAAGAGAGAAACGAGCAGAAUGAGAAAACAAAUUUUUGGAGAAGAUUUAACAAUUCAUUUUUUAAAAAGAAUACGGGAAUUGAGGAAAGAUGGAAACGUGGCAUGUACGAGACUCGAAGCAGCUGUUUUGUUUGGGACGAAAGUUGCUUCAAAGAUAUCACCAUCAAGAAAUGUAAAAAAAAGUAAUUCUGUAGCUAUAAGAACUCGAAAAUGUAUUAGAAUGUAA